AUGUCUGUGUCGAGCGGUUUCCAGGUGUCCAACAUUCCGUGGAGGAACAACAACUUCAGCCUUUCCAGCAGAGACCCCCCUCUGUCCGACCAGGGGGAGACCAUCAUAGGAGUCUACCUGCUGGUGUUGGGUUGGCUCUCGUGGUUCGGGAACAGCAUCGUCCUGUUCAUCCUCUACAAGCAGAGGGCAUCCCUGCAGCCCACCGACUACCUGACCUUUAACCUCGCCAUCUCUGACGCUAGCAUCUCCGUUUUCGGCUACUCUCGAGGAAUCAUUGAGAUCUUCAACGUCUUCAAAGACAAUGGAUACUUGAUCUCUUCCAUCUGGACCUGCGAGGUGGACGGGUUCUUCACACUCAUCUUUGGGCUGAGCAGCAUCAACACCCUGACGGUGAUCAGCGCCUCGCGCUACAUCAAAGGAUGUCACCCCAACAAAGCUCAUUACAUCACCAGCAAGACCAUCGCCGUCUGCCUCGUGUUCAUCUGGGUCGGAGCUGCCUUCUGGUCAGCAGCGCCCCUGCUGGGCUGGGGGAGUUACACAGAUCGCGGCUACGGGACGUGUGAGAUCGACUGGGCCAAGGCCAACUACUCCACCAUCUACAAGUCCUACAUCAUCUCCAUCCUCAUCUUCUGCUUCUUCAUCCCCGUCGUCAUCAUGGUCUCCUGCUACGUGUCCAUCAUCAACACGGUGAAGCGAGGCAACGCCCUCUCCUCGGAGGGCGACCUGACCGAGCGGCAGAGGAAGAUCGAGAGAGACGUCACCGUGGUUUCUAUAGUCAUCUGCACCGCCUUCAUCCUGGCCUGGUCUCCGUACGCCGUGGUCUCCAUGUGGUCCGCCUGGGGCUUCCACGUGCCGAGCCUGACCGGCAUCUUCACGCGCCUCUUCGCCAAGUCGGCCAGCUUCUAUAACCCGCUCAUCUACUUCGGCCUGAGCUCCAAGUUCCGCAAGGACGUGGCCAUCCUGCUGCCCUGCACCCGAGAGGCCAAAGACACCGUCAAGCUCAAACGCUUCAGGCCCAAGGGCGACGGCCAGGCACACCGCCGACCGGGUGCUGCCGGACCCAAGGCACAGCUGAAUGGAAACGAGAGGAAGUACGCACCGAGCGACCUGCCCAACCCGGUCCAGAGCCCAGACUCCGGCGUGGGCAGUCCUCCCUGCACACCCCCGCCCGUCAGCAAGGAGGUGUUCUACAUCGAAAUGCCCAUGGCGUCGGAAACGGGAUCGGAGUUUGAAUGCGCCAGACUGUGAGGAACAUUUUAGAGCCUUUCAUUUACUUUGGUUUUACCAUUUGAUCACAGGACCACACUGGCCCCU